GGGGGCGUGCUGGUAAAACAGGAAGUGAAACGCACAGUGUUGGUUCAAAGCUACAGUCAUUGGUCCAAAGUAAGAAAACUUGACAGCACACUGAGAUUUUCCUCUUUAAAGCGAACUUGGAAAGCGCACGUAAUGUGACCAUGGACCCUGGAAAGAGUACGUGUCCAAAGGCAUUCUCUGAUAGCACCAUUCACGUGGACGUGAAGGAUUAUUAUGGCAAGAGGCUGAAGCAAACCUCAGACCUAAAGACCAAUGCCUGCGUGGCUCCAGUGCAGCCCACCCCUGACUUCAUUCGCCAGGCACUAAAGAAAGUACACCCUGAAAUCACUGCUAGGUACUAUGGCUGUGGUUUGGUUGUGCCAGAAUGCUUAGAGGGCUGCAGGAUACUAGACUUGGGCAGUGGAAGUGGGAGGGACUGCUAUAUGUUGAGUCAGCUUGUGGGUGAGAAGGGCCAUGUCACUGGUAUUGACAUGACUGACGGCCAGCUUGAGUUGGCCAGGACCUAUGUGGACCAUCACAUGAAAGAGUUUGGUUACAAGAAGCCAAAUAUAAAUUUUGUCCAAGGCUACAUCGAAGCCUUGACCGAGGCAGGUCUGGAAAAUGACUCGUUCGAUGUUAUCAUCUCCAACUGUGUAGUGAAUCUUUCUCCAGACAAGAGGAUGGUACUGACUGAAGCUUACAAAGUACUUAAGGAUGGUGGUGAGCUGUACUUCAGUGACAUUUACAGCAAUGGAAGACUAACAGAGGAAAUUAAAAAUCACAAAGUGUUAUGGGGUGAGUGCCUUGCUGGAGCACUCUGGUGGAAGGAUCUCCUGCAAUUGGCUGAAAAAGUGGGCUUCAGCCCCCCACGGCUGGUUACGGCCAGUGUCAUCACUGUUGACAACAAGGAACUGCAGGACAUUCUUGGCAACUUCAAGUUUGUUUCUGCCACAUACCGCUUGUUUAAGGUCCCCAAAGGGAACACCAAGAACUGCAAAGUCAUAUAUAAUGGGGGCAUGACAGGGGCAGAGGAUAGUUUCCAGUUUGACUGUCAGUACACCUUCAAGGCCAAUGAAGUUGUGGAGGUGGAUGGAGAGGUGGCCAACAUACUGACACAUUCCAGAUUUGCAGAGGACUUCACUUUUCAGCCACUGGGGGGCCCCACUGGGCCCUGUGGAGUCAAACCUAAGGCUGGCAUUGAGGACCCUUUUGAGCUGGCCCUGAUGUUGGGUGUGCAAGGCCCUGCAUCAGCCACUGGGGGAUGCUGCAGCACACAGUCUGCUGGCUGCUGCAAGUGAUGGUGGGAAGAGCACAAAGAAACAGGCUCAGCUUCCUGCCUACCAAUAAUGCCUACAUGUUUGGUGAACUUCCAUUAAUUAAUUCAUUUUAAUUAAACAUAAUCAUGUUACUGGUUGAUACUGGUUGCUCAAACAACUUCACCUACCCAGUGUAUAAUGGAGACAACUCAGCUAAUCCAGUUUUAGUUUCACUUUGGAACACCCUGCAUUGCAAUUACACAAAGCCAUCAUUUGCUUCACAUACUGCAUGACUAUGUGAAGGACAUGAGUUCUGCUGAUGACUUUAAAAUGUUUUAUUGUGUAAUCAAAGUGUUUGUAUUUGAAGUUGCUUAAAGUGCAUAUGAGCCAAUUUAAGGAGCCAGCAUAUGAUUCAGGGCCAUAGGAAAAAAAAUCUCACAUCAAACAAUUUUAGUUUGACUUUGUGUCUUAUCAGAUUGUGGUGGUUCAUGUUGGUAUCUGCUGCUAACCAUUAGUGAGGUGAUUGUUAAAUUGCACCAACUAUUUUUUUUUUUAAUGUUUUUAAAUUAAGGUUAGGGUGGUUUAUUUUGCCAUAAUGUCAAAAAAAGAGUUAAAAUUGGAGAGAUAUGCUCCCUGCUUCCAGUUUUCACUGGUACUAUACAAUGGUUUUGACUGAGCUGUUGUUGAAUCAAGGGUGAUUAGAAGCCACAUAACAUUUUUGAAGUCUGACACUGGCCCACAGGCCACAUGUUGAGUACCUAGGCUAUAAAUUAUCUUGCGCAAACAAGAUAACAAUAUCACUUUGAGGGAUUUAAGGGUUCUGCAAGUGCUCCCAGUUAAUAUUUUAUGAAAGGAUUCAAUAUGGUAACAAUUCAUUAACAUAAUUAUAUGGUAUAGAUAAAAGGAAAACUUUAUAGUAAGGUUAAAUAAAAAUGCAACAAAUUUAAAACCUUUUAACAACCAUGAGCAGUAUUAAGAAGAGCACCUUCUUCAUUUGUGCCUCAUUUUGUCAUAUGCCUACUUAGUCUAAUUAUUUUCUUACCCAUAAAACUGACAUUGUUUAUUCACACAAUACUUUUUACUUACCUUAAAACCUGUGUUUUAGUAAAUCGGUGCUUAAUUAUUUUGCAGACUGGCUUUAAGAUGUGCUUCAACCAAAGUGUACAAAUUAUCUCCCGUUAUUGUGAUGGUUAUGUGUUA